GUCUUUCACUCGGAAUCCAUUACCUUGAAAAAACAUCUUCAAACAGCGCGACUUGAGGUCUUUGAGGUGUCUGACGUCGAGGGCUAGGCACUCCACCCCUCCCGCUCACCGCCACUUCCUCAGAAGCACGCAAGUGCGGGGAAACGGGAAGCGUAUAUUCAGACAACCCGGCACAAAGGGAAGCAGCAGCGACGAGUCGGAGGGGGCAGAGGGCACACACGACGCACACGUUGAGGUGUUGUGGUUGGGAUCUCGGGCGCUGAGAGCGGAGGGUUGACAUGGUCCUGGGCGGCAAGAAGGGCCGGCAGCCGGUGCCCGACCACGACGAUGGCGGAGCGUACGACGCGAUGGAGAGCGGGAGCCAGGCGAGCCGGUCGCGCCUGAACAGGCAGAGCUACGGCGGGGGUCGAUCCAGCACGGAUUACGCCGCGUCGGAGACCUCGGACAUCUCCGCCGGGCCGGAGAAGUGGAGGCGUGUUCGGAGAGGGGCGCACGUGAGCUAUCAGCCUUUCGACGUGGAAGACUACCAGGAAGCGGCCUCUGACGAUGACAGCGGCAUUCCCACGCAGUUCCCCCCGACCUCGGAGACGGCCGACGACAGAAAGAACUGGCCCAAGGCGUGCCCGUUCCUGCACAUGAAGUUCGAGGAGAUGGCAAUCAAGGACAAGCGGAGGUUCAUCUGGCUUGCGUACCACUUCUGGCACUUCUUGGUGUGGACGCUGCUGUUCAACAUGUGCGCCGCGGUGGUGACGUCUCUCAUCUCGCCCUCCCCCAAGGAGGACCAGGCAAGUGUUCUUCGCGUUCCUGCUGGCGUUCAUCGGGUUCUGGUGGUUCUUCUUUGGGCACUUCCGACUGCUGUAUCAUGCCAUGAGGUACCGCAAGAACGGGCUGUACCUUCUCCACCAGCUGGAGACCACGGUGCUCUUCUUCAUCGCGGUCUACCAAAUAUUCUCUGCGAUGGGUAACAUGACGCAG